AUGACUCUCACUCUCUGGAAAGAUAUCUCCCCUAUGGGCCAGCCGCUCCGGCAGCCGUCCAGCAAGUCUCCGCACGUUCUAAUCAUUGGUGGCGGUGUCACUGGGUUAAUAUCGGCUUGGGUACUGCUUGAUAAAGGAUACCGCGUUACUAUCGUCAGCAGCGCGUGGGUGAACGAUGAGCAGCGCCUGACGUCGCAGAUUGCAGGCGCCCUUUGGGAGUUCCCGCCGGCCGUAUGCGGUCAGCACACGGACAAGAUCUCGCUGGCGCACUCUAAGCAUUGGUCUAUGACGGCGUACCACAUAUGGGAUGGGAUUGCUUCCAUCCCGGCCCUGAGCGAAGCCUCCGGUGUGCGUAUGAUGCCAUCGGAUUUCUUCUUUCCGGAGCCCGUGGAGAGCGAUAAGGCUCAAGUCUCCAAGAUGACAGAAAUCAUGGCCAGCGGCGUGAGGGGGUUCUAUCGAGGGGCCGACAUCAUAGACGAGCGAGGAAUCGACCCGUCGUACGGAGCGGUUGACGCGUACGAGCUUCUGGCGCCCGUGAUCGAUACUGAUAAGGCCAUGGUUUGGCUGACAGAGCUUGUCGAGAGCAAAGGAGCUAAUCUUGUCACUGAAACGAUCCGACACGAUCUGGUAGAAAUCGAAGACACGCUGCGAUCUCGGUUCGAAGCUGACGCCAUCGUUAACUGCACUGGCCUUCAGGCUCAAGAGCUCGCCGGCGACGAGAGCGUGUAUCCUAUCAGGGGUGGUCUCAUCCGAGUGAUUAACGACGGCACGGACUUCCCGAAAGUGGACGCGGCCUUAACCAUUACCGCAGACGCGGCUCAUUCCGCUAAUGAGAUCAUCUUCCUCGUACCUAGAAACGACAACAUUCUUCUGAUCGGCGGCAUAACCGAGCCGCAUGAGUGGGAUUUAGACCUCACUCUAAACACUCCUAUCAUCCGUAGGAUGCGAGAGAGAUGCGAGAGAUUCCUCCCCGGGUUAGAAAAUGCCAGGGUAGAUCCCGAAUAUCCGUUCGCGCAAGGUCUGCGUCCCUUCAGAGGCCAGAACGUAAGGGUCGAGCGUGAACUCCGCAGGACGGGUAGCCGCAUCGUUCAUUCCUACGGGCACGGAGGCGCGGGCUGGAGUCUUUCGUUUGGCUGCGCACGAGACGUCGCAACGCUUAUCGAUGAGGCCCUCGAGGGGGUCCCAGCUCGACCGAUGAGCGAAACGGUCUUCGAACGAAAAGCAGCGGGAUUCCAAAGGCCUACGCCGAGGCGUUGA